AUGACCUGUCAUCUUCAAAAGGAUGGUAUGUUACAUGUUGUUUCUUUUCAUGGUCAACAUAAUCAUGAGUUUGCUCCUUCACCAAUGAAACAUAUGUUAAGAUCGAAGAGAAAAAUUUCAUCUGCUCAAAAAGCCAUUGCAAAUGAUGCAGAGAGGUCUAGAAUAUCAAUUAAACAAACCAUUGAAUUAUUGAGCAUGCAAGCUGGGGGUCGUGAAAAUCUUGGGUUUAUGGAUGUUGACUAUAAGAAUCAUGUACAUAAUGAGAGGAGGAUGGCUUUGAGGAAAGGAGAUGGACCUGCUAUGAUGGAGUACUUUCAUAAGAUGCAAUUGGCAGAUCCAUCUUAUUUUUAUUCAAUACAAGUUGAUGAUGAUGGUCAAAUCAUGAACAUUUUUUGGGCAGAUGCUAGAUCAAUUGUUGAUUACGGGCACUUUGGUGAUGUUGUUUGUUUUGACACAACUUAUCGAACAAAUAGAUAUAAUCAUCCCUUUGCUCCAUUCGUUGGGGUUAAUCAUCACAAACAAUCCAUUAUCUUUGAUGUAGCUUUACUUUAUGAUGAGACUAUAGAGUCAUUUAAGUGGUUAUUUGAAACUUUUUUAACUACAAUGUCAGGAAAGCAGCCAAGAACUAUACUUACAGAUCAAUCUGCUGCAAUGGCUAAAGCAAUAAUAGAGGUAUUUCCUAAAUCUAAUCAUCGUUUAUGUGUAUGGCAUAUUUAUCAGAAUGCUGCUAAGAAUCUACAUCAUGUAUUUCAUUCAUCUAAGCAUUUUGCAAAUGAUUUUAGUGAUUUUUUGUAUGAGUAUGAAGAUGAAGAUGAAUGGCUUAUUUCAUGGGAUUAUAUGCUUAAGGAAUAUGGUCUUACUGAUAAUAAAUGGUUAUGUAGCAUAUUUGAUGUUAAAGAAAAAUGGGCAAUGGUAUAUGGUCGACAUAUGUUCACUACUGAUAUGAAAUGCACCCAACGUAGUGAAUCAAUAAACAAUGUGUUGAAGAAAUACUUGAAACCAAAACAUGAUUGUGUGUGCUUUUCAGAACAUUACUCUAGAGUUUUGGUUGAUAAGAGACAUCAAGAACUAUAG